AUGGGCAUCCCGCACCCGGUGACCAACGUGCUUGAAGCCCACAACACCUGGCUGCAAGUCCGAAACGAGGAGUGGCUAACAGAGGGAACAAACAAGGCUGAUAAUGUCAAGGAUUACAUCUCCUGGGCGGUCGAGCAUAACGUGGGCGUUAUCGACGUCAACAUCCCGAAGCACAUCUCAGAAGCCGACCAAAACUCACGGAGCUACGAGCGGGAGAGCCCGAACCGGGCCCUCUUCUCCGAGCAGCUUGCCGAGUACCUGUGGGAGAACUACAUCGAGUGCGUCUAUCCCACUGAUCUGUCAUUACUUGCAGCAGCAGUAUGGCUGUUACUAACAACCAGAAGGACCAACGACGCCAGCCGCAUCUUCUUCAUGGGGGUGGGCGAUGCCUUUCUCGGACUGGCGAACCUUCUCAUCAACAAGGAGCGAGUCCACACAAUGGUCAGUGGCGUGAUAUGCUUUGUGGCCGAGAACCCCGUCCGCGCCGUCGCCAGCACCACCAUCACCUGGCUCUCCAAGUGGUACAAAGAGGUAAGUCCGAAGUCCCUUUUAUCUUUGGCCCAUUUUUACAAAGAAAUGGAAGAAAAAGUACAGAAGAGUAACAAGGAUGAAGAACUCCCUGGUCUUUGUGUCCCACCGGCACAUGGUGUGGGAGGGCCAGGAGAACAAGCAGAAGCAGUACAAGCGCUACGGGCGGCUGGUGAAGUCGACGGCGGCGCACACGCUGAACGAGAUGCUGGUCAACCACCGCGCCGAUGUGUUCAAGUGGAUUGA